AUGGCACUUGCAGUGUUCAAGACCACUGGCAUAUGCGCUGGGUUCCGUUGGACUCACAGCUCAAAAUAUUGGGAUCUUGAUUUCAAUAUUCCCUCCUCGACUAGUCGGCAAGUGAAGGCCAAGGUCACACUUGGGAAUGUGAGGACUGUCCGUGACGUUAAGCUACGUCUUCAGGAUGAGCCGAACGAUAAAUGCAGCGCCCGUACUGAGGAGAAGCAAAGCGAUGAUGAACGUGAUUAA